UGUUUCUAACCCCGGCCAGGAGCCAAGGCUUUCCCAGAAACUCCCACACCCUAGGUUGUCUUUAAAAGGCAGGCAGAGCAGCCAGAGCUGCAGAGAGGCUGAGACAACCCCAGAAGACAACAACUCUCCCUGUGACACGGGUUCCUUCCCUCCCCACCCCCCGCAACAUGCAGGUCUCCGCAGCCCUUCUGUGUCUGCUGCUCACCGCAGCCGCCUUCAGCACCCAGGUGCUUGCUCAGCCAGCUUCUGUCGCCACCAUCUGCUGCUUUAAUGUGACCAGAAGGAAGAUCCCCUUUCAGCGACUACGGAGCUACCAAAGAGUCACCGCCAACAAAUGUCCCCAGAAUGCUGUGAUCUUCAGCACCAGACAGGCCAGGAAGAUCUGUGCUGAUGCCCAAGAGAAUUGGGUCAAGGAUGCCAUGAAGUACCUGGACCAAAAAUCCCAAAAUGUAAAGUCAUAAAUAUUCACCUUUUCUUUUUUUUUUUUUUGGUCUUUUUUCUUAGAGCAGCACCUGAGGCAUAUAUAUGGAAGUCCCAGGCUAGGGGUCAAAUUGGAGCCUACGCCACAGCCACAGCAACGCAGGAUCAAAGCCACAUCUUCGACCUACACCAUAGCUUAUAGCAAGGCCGGAUCCUUAACCCACUGAGUGAGGCCAGGGAUUGAACCUGCAUCCUCAUGGAUAUUAGUCAGAUUUGUUUCCACUGAGACACACCAGGGACUCCAUAUUCACCUUUUGAAGCCAAACCAGAGCCUCAAAAUGCUUGGUUCAUUUUCUUGGUCUUCCUAAAAUGUAUUCUGAGAUAAUCUCAACCACCUUCCAGAAGAAACAAUUUUUAUUUAAUUUUUUUUUCUUAUUGGCCAUCCUGUGGCAUAUAGAUUCCCAGGCCAGGAAUCGGAUACAAGCCACAUUUGCGACCUACACAAUAGCUGUGGCCAUGCUGGAUCCUUUAGCCCACAGAGCCGGGCUGGGAAUGCAUCCUGGUGUUGCAGAGAUGCCACCGAUCCCAUUGUGCCACAGUGGGAACUCCUAUUUAAUAACUUUAACAACUAUAUUUCAUUUAAGUUAUUGAUGUGUUUAAACUUACCUGCUAUGCGUUUUAGUUAUUUUUAAAAUGCAAAGUCAGGUCCCUUUGCCCUUUGUGAGCUGAGAUUCAAUCCCUUGCAAAGAAUGAAUCGUAUUUUUCCUCUCUCCUUCCCUCCCUGGAAUCUUGUAAGGGUGGUGGCGAGGUUAUAUCAUGUUUUGUAUUUUUAAGAAAAUGGUGUUUAUUUUGCAAACCAAAGAUGAAACUCACGAUAUGUUAAGUAAAAACACAUGUUAUUUUAAGAAUA